UCUAGGAGGUAUUUGCCGGCAGGUAAGAGAGUAUUUGUGCUGAUUGCAGUGUUGGGCGUUGUCUGAUUGCUGAGUAGAUACAGCAGGGGUUUUGGUGUGGACCAGGACCUGCCUUGCUAGAAGAACAAGCUUUACCAUGGACAGCAAGGUCAACCGUGGCAGAAUUGCCCCCAAGAGGGGUGAUUCCAAACACAUCAGACUCUGACCAGGAAAGUGUGCAUACCCACCCCUCUUCUAUUUUGAGAGAUACCUUCAAGAGAUGUAAAUUGAGACACAGUCUAAGAAUAAUGAGGUCACUGGGACUCUUCCAGCCCUUUUCUGGCCUGACCUAUAAAACCACAUAUGGUGAUUAAUGCAUCGUACAACUUAAUACAACCUAAUGAUUUGUCUGAAAGGAGGAAGAAGAGAGGGAAGAUAAGGGAGAGGCCGAAACUAGGCAAAACUGACUUGGUAGAACAUAAAAAGUGUAUGAAGAGCCCUUCUGGAUUCAACUAAACUUCCAUCUGACCCAGAAUCCUGCUUCCAAUUGUAGCCAACUAGAUGGUUCCAUGAGGUCUUCAAAAGCAGGACAUGAAGGCAACAACCCUACUCUGUUACAUGUCCCUACAAUCUUUUAUCCAGCUGUCUACUGCCUCUGAACAUGGAUGUUCUACUUCAUUAUCAUGGCUAAUAACUAUCUAAUAGACAUGUCCUCCAGAAAUCUGUCACACAACAACAUUGCUAACAAGGAGUCUCAGUUUGAUCUUUCUGCUGCAAGCUGCGCAUCUGAGAGUCCUUCCAGCAGAGAAUAAAUGUGCUCAGAUAUGGGGAUUUAUUUAGACUUCAGUCUUUCUCAAAAUAUGCAAUCAGAGGUGUUGUCUGAUUCCUAGCAUCUUUUCAGAGCCAUGAUGCAGGGGCCUCUUGAGAAAGGUGGUGAAUGAAGGCAUCUGGACAAGCUCUUCAAGGAAUCAGACCUAACCACUUCUUCCAGAGUACCUGGAGCAGCAGCUGCCAUGUGAGUCUGUACGGAAGCAAAAUGAUACUUCCCAAUCACACCACCAUGAAUUCCACAGUCGGUACAAGUGGUUGGGGACAAGUGCCAACCGCAAUUGUUCUCACAGUCCUCAUUAUUGGGACUGUGUUUGGAAAUGUGAUGGUGUGUCUAGCUGUCUAUUUCAACCGGCGGCUCCGCAACCUGACAAACUGCUUCAUUGUCUCCUUGGCCUUCACAGACUUGCUGCUGGGCCUCAUGGUGCUACCCUUUUCGGCCAUCUAUGAGGUCUACUCCCAUGAGUGGAAAUACAGUGUCACCUUGUGCAACAUCUACAUCAGCUUGGAUGUCAUGCUAUGCACAGCAUCCAUCCUCAACCUCUUCAUGAUUAGCCUUGAUCGCUACUAUGCUAUCACGGCACCUCUCCGCUACAACACUAUGGUCACUCCUAAGCGGGUGGCUGUGGCUAUGUUCCUUAUCUGGGUGGUGUCACUGAUGGUCUCAUUCCUACCAAUCCACUUGGCCUGGAACACCAAUGGCAGCACUGUCCAGAACACACACAAAACUGACGGGAAGCAGGAGUGCAAGCUGGAGGUCAAUACUGGGUAUGUUCUGGUGGAUGGCUUGCUUACGUUCUACCUCCCUCUGCUUGUCAUGUGCAUCACAUACUACCGGAUAUUCAAAAUAGCCAGGGAACAAGCAAAGAGGAUCAACCACACCAACAGUUGCACAACCAUCAGAAAUGCAUUACCCACUGUGAAGGAACACAAAGCCACUGUGACUCUUGCAGCUGUGAUGGGAGCCUUCAUUAUCUGCUGGUUUCCUUAUUUUACAGUGUUCACAUAUCGGGGCGUGACGGGUGAAGCGUACAAAAGCCUGAUGACCAUUGUCAUGUGGCUUGGUUACGCCAACUCAGCACUGAAUCCAGUUUUAUAUGCCGCACUGAAUAGGGACUUCCGGACAGCUUAUCAGCGGUUACUCAGGUGUCGGAGAGUGGGACCAGAGGCCAGAGAGUUGCCUCUAACACAUGAGAUGAGAAAUAAGACUUGUAAUAAGGAAAGUAAACUUCUACAGCUGCAUGCAAUGAAUGGACAGAAGAACCCUGUUGUUCAAGAAGGCACAGACAGGAAUCUGAACCCACCAUGUGAUAAAUCACCCUGUCCUAUCCUGCCCUGCUGUCAAAGUCUCUGUUUGGCCAAGGUUCUUCCCAAGAGAGAUGUGUGGAGCCCAAUGUUUGAUCAGCCAGUGGCAAAUGCACGGAAGACAAGGCAACCUUCUGCACCCCAUACAGUUAUCUACUGUGUCUUCACCUGAGCCAGGACCUGCUUUCUUAUGAAGUUGGAUGUAGAGAAUUAUGACGCAAGGUAGCUCAAAGAUUGCUUGAAGGUUGUUGCAUCGGGUGCACCAUCUCAGUCUUCUCAGGAUGGUUCGAUAGGGGGCUUACUAUGCAGGGACUUCGAUUUCCCUGAAAGACUCUUGACUAUAAAUGAGGUGUGAAUCCAGAAGUACUUGGAGAUACAUACCUAUAGGAUUAUAUGUCCACAUAUAGGACAGGAAAUAACUGUGGGUUGGGAGGAAGUGACAAAAAGGAAGGACUUCGUUCUUUUGGGUAUGGUCAUUGCACUCCAAGGCGUUUACUGCCCUGUUAUGUCAUAUUUAUGCCCUGAGGAUAUUUCUUGCAUUGACAGUAUUCAAUAUGGAGUCAUCUUGCAUUUUCAACAUAGUUUGUGGUUUCCAAAACAUCUGAUAAAGUGCAUUUGACAAAUGUUUUGAAUAUUUAAUAAACGUUAGCUUUCAGGAUUCAA